AUGAGUAGCAAUAGUUAUCGUCUGAAACAUUCAAUCGAUUCAGACGAACUUGAUGAUCAAUCAACAUCAACAUGGUGUCACCGAUACUGGUUUCGUCUAUUAUUUGUCACUAUACUUGCUGUUUUAACAUUAGGAACUACUUCAUCCCUUAUUAUUAUAUUAUACAAAGAUGCACUUAAAGAAAAAGCAUUAACUGAGAAGAAAAAAAGUUGGGUUAAAAAAUGGAAAAUAAUUGAACCAUAUGUAAAACAUUUUCCACUUGGAUUUAUGCUCAGUUUUAUACGAAAUCUUAUUGUAUUAGCAAUUGAAAGACAUAUUGAUGUUUAA